CUCUUUAGAUACAGGAAGGCAGCUCAGAUCAUCUCAGAGCCUUCUCCGUGCUGAACAGCCCCAGCUCCCUCAGCCUGUCCUCAUAGGAGAAGUGUUCCAUCCCUCGGAUCACUUCUGUGGCCCUCCUCUGGACACGCUUCAGCAGGUCCAUGUCUCUCAUGUGCUGAGGACUCCACAUCUGGAAGCAGUACUCCAGCUCAAGGAGAAUAUGAAGUCCAAAGAUCCUCACGAGCUAGACUGAUGUAUGGAUCAGAAUUUGGCUGGGUCAGGAACUGAAGUGUGUUUGGAUUUUGGCUAACAGUUUAGCAAAGAGAAACUGCUUUUUGCAUCUGGGAUCAGGCAUUAAAAAAAGAAAUUCUUCAACAUCUCAGCUUAGAAACAGAUACGGGAAUAAUAUCCUUUUACCCAGAAACUGUCUAAGAAAAUGUUUGAUUAUUUUAAUGUCUUCAAGAUCUGGAGAUAAUACUCUUUUUUACUGCAGAAGUAUGCAUGUGGAAGUGACCCUGGCAUUCUUACAGCAGUGUUGAGCACUGAGGGCAGUUUGUGCAUUCACUUUGCAAAAUCUGAAACACUUGACUGCCUUCAGAAGGUGUUUUUGCACUUGCAGAAAUAAGUGAAAACAUUUUAAAUUAAAAAUACGUUUGAUUGACAGUUUUAAUUAGACUUUUUUAGCUGCUGACCUUGAUAUAUUUUUUUUCUCCUUGUUUUCUAAACGAGCAGAUGGAUAGCCAAAGCUUUCAGAUUUUUAGCAGGGUAGCUGGAGGGUUUGUAGAACGAGAAAAAGGAAUUGGAGAAUUGUUUCUUCUGCUUUAAACGUUUUUUCUCUGGUAGAUAAUGAUGUAUUUCUCCAGUCAGUUCCACUGUUGUUGCUCACUGGUAAACAAUACGCCAUUCUAUAUCUGACAGCAGUUCUAAGGGGAAAAAGAGUAAUUAGAAUAGAGAUAGGGAAUGUAAUAGUAAUGGACAGUGUGCUUUCUCAUCUCUAUUAUUUAAGACUUAGAAAAGUCUUAUUGAAUUUUAUAAAACUCAGAUUUUCUUGCAAGUCCAAAUCUCCCAGGAUUUUUUUUGCAAGUGAGGGGGAGGUGUCCCAGGAAUCUGCAUAGGAUUUUCAAAGCAGUGUUGUCACUUAGAGCAGGAAUUUCACAUUACACCCAGACACUUCUUUUUAAUCCAUUGGAGAGUUGAAAGCUCACAUUUUCUUUCCUACUUCUCAUGUGCUUCAGAAUGUUUUUCCUUGAAGUAUUUAGGCUUUAUCAAAGUGGUAUUGAACCUGUAUUAAAGAACGGUGCUGGAUGUGUCAGUAUUCUCCCUAUGGUCCUUGCUUUUGGCGUGUCCAUUUUUCCUUUUUAUUUAUUAUUUCCAGCUUCUUCACUGCUUUCCUUUUUUGCAAUUAAUUUCUUUCUGGUCAUGAUGAUAUUACUGAAAAAAAAAAAAAAAAGGCCUCUGCAAAUAGAUUUCAAGUAUCCAGCUCCAAAAAACACAUUCUGCAUGUAGAUGGACCUCUGAUAAAUUCAGUGAGGUAUUUCUGGAGGUCUGUCCCAGCCAACAGGUACAACUGGUUAUCGUGCUAAAAAAGAAACGGCGUCUGACAAGGUUUUUUUGGCUAAAGUUUUGUCUCUGUGGAGUGAGACAGUAACACUAUCUUAAGUCAUUUUAAUUCAAAACUUCUGUAGCAGCUGCCUUGCAAGGUCAAGGAUGACAAUCUGGAAGACUGUCAAGAUUUCAGUCUUUGAAAGUUUCAUGGAUUUAGCUUUUAAAUUAUGUGUACCUUUGCUUUUGAAAUUAGUAUGCACCCAGAGGAGCUUGCAUCAGGAGCUGAGAAGUCACUGUCUGGUGUCAUGAAGCAAGAAGGGAAUGAGAGAAGACCAUUCUUUAGUUGGAGAUAGCAGCUCUUCAACCAACCACUGACUGUUUUUCAGGGUCUGCAGUUUCUUGGUAAUGGAUGAUGUUACAUCAGUGGAGAGAUAAAUGAAAAGCUGAGUUCUGUCGGUUUAUGCUCAGCGCCGGACAAAGUAUUGACAUUUCACUGUACAUGAAGAAGGAUGUUAAUUUUGAACGUAGACUCACAUCUUUUGGGGAAGGAAAUGUAAUCUCUUCAGCAGGAGUAGCUAUUGAUAAUAUGACCUCGGUGGAGAAGGACCUGGGGGUCCUGGAGGAUGACAGGUUGGCCAUGAGCCACCAGUGUGCCCUUGUGGUCAGGAAGGCCAGUGGGAUCCUGGGGUGCAUUAAAAGGAGUGUGGCCAGCUGGUCAAGGGAAGAGAUCCUCCCCGUCUGCACUGGUGAGGCCGCAUCUGGAAUACUGUGUGCUCCUCAGUUCAAGGAAGACAGGGGUCUUCUAGACAGAGUGCAACAGAGGGCUACAAAGGUGAUUAAGGGCCUGGAGCAUCUCCCUUAUGAGAAAAGGCUGAGAAACCUGGGACUAUUCAACCUAGACAAAGAAGAGGGGAUCUUGUCAGUGCUUAUGAAUAUCUUAAGGACAGGAGUCAAGUGGAUGGGGCCAGGCUAUUCGUAGUGGUGCCCAGCUGAAAAGGGGGUAAUGACCAGUAACUGGAACAUAGGAAUUUCCAUAGAGACACAAGGGAAAAAUUCUUCACUUUAAGGGUGAUAGGUGGAAGGUGUUCACUGCAACAAGCUUGCCAGAGAGGCUGUGGAGUCACCUUCUGUGCAGAUAUUCAGAACCCACCUGGAUGCUUCCCUGCGCAACCUGCCGUAGGGAACCUGCUUUGGCAGGUGAUUGCACUAGGUGAUCUCCAGAGGUCCCCUCCCCAAUUUCUGCUCUGUGAUUCUGUGAUUAUCAUUCUGUCCUCUCCUGUGAGAUCACUUGGACAGGUUAGCGUAAUUUCAUGACUGCUCUUGUACAUGGCUGCUGAGAAAUCAAGAUCAGAGAAGUUUAGGUCCCUUUCCUAAGGGUGUCAGCAAGUCCUUUUUUGCCUGUGACUUUUCCCUCCUGCUUUUUCCAAAGCCUGUGGUUAGAGUUACUGGGGUAGAUACUCCAGACAGACCUUUGGUUCAGCAGAUGAGUUUCAUAAAUGCUCAAAUUAAAUGGGAGGAAAUGCUAAGUGGAGUUCUGGAAAGAAAAAAAAAAACAAAACAAAAAACCAACCUGUUGGCUUGCCAAGUUCCUAGAGAGAAAAUCUGCAGGAAUGUUUACAUUUGAAUGCGUCAGUGAACCUGUAUAAACAUUUAGUAUUAAGUGAUCUGGUUAGACUCUUAAUGGAACCUGGCUAAUAGAAGCAGCAUUUAUGUUCCUUAACUCAAUCUUAUCUAUACCACAAAGGCAUACAUAGCUUGUGCCAAGACCAUGGUUGGAGCAGAUCCAGAGACAGGAAAAGUCUUGACACAGACUGCCAGAAUCGGCACGUUAGAUUUUUGGGGGAAAAGCAGCUAGUGAAUAUAAAGUUUUAAUACAUGAGAAGUAUAUGUUGCUUACCUAUUUACUUUCAAAAAGGGACACCAGCACAAAUCCAUAUGGAAGAUGAACCUCCUCCUUCUCAAGGAGUCAGUGUCAAGGUCUUGGAGGCAACAUUAUUAUCAGCCCUGAAGAUGCUGGAUGUUGGGAAAUGGCCGAUUUUUUCCCUUUGUUCACAAGAGGAGCUCAAGUUAAUUCGUCAAGCCUGUGUAUUUGGCAGUGCUGGUAACGAGGUGCUGUACGUAACUGAAAAUGAUGAGGUUUUUGUGCUUGGCAUGAACUGCAGUGGGUGUUUGGGAACCGGAGACGUGCAGAGCACAAUUGAGCCAAAGAGAUUAGAUUCUCUGUGUGGCAAAAAGAUAGCCUGUCUGAGUUAUGGAAGUGGUCCUCAUGUUGUUCUUGCUACAGAAGAAGGAGAAGUGUACACAUGGGGUCAUAAUGCUUACAGUCAGUUGGGCAAUGGUACAACCAAUCAUGGUUUGGUUCCCUGUCAAGUCUCUACCAACUUGGUGAACAAGAAAGUCAUUGAAGUUGCUUGUGGCUCUCAUCACUCUAUGGUGUUAACAUCUGAUGGGGAGGUGUACACAUGGGGUUAUAAUAACUCAGGCCAGGUUGGAUCUGGUUCAACUGCUAAUCAGCCAAUUCCUCGAAGAGUUACCAGCUGCCUACAAAAUAAAGUCGUAGUUAACAUAGCCUGUGGUCAGAUGUGCUCUAUGGCUGUGGUGGAAAAUGGAGAGGUCUAUGUCUGGGGUUACAAUGGUAACGGCCAGCUGGGGCUGGGCAGCAGCGGCAAUCAGCCAACGCCGUGCCGAAUAGCAGCCUUGCAAGGCGUUCGUGUGCAGCGGGUUGCCUGUGGCUGUGCACAUACGUUAGUGCUAACAGAUGAAGGUCAGAUUUAUGCCUGGGGAGCCAAUUCAUAUGGCCAGUUAGGUACUGGGAAUAAAAGCAACCAGUCUUACCCUACUACAGUUACUGUGGAUAAGGACAGAGUUAUAGAGAUUGCAGCCUGCCACUCUGCUCACACUUCGGCUGCCAAGACGCAGAGCGGCCAGGUGUACAUGUGGGGCCAGUGCCGCGGCCAGUCUGUGGUCCUUCCCCACCUCACUCACUUUGCCUGCACUGACGAUGUGUUUGCUUGCUUUGCUACCCCUGCUGUUAUGUGGCGUCUUCUCUCAGUAGAGCCUGAUGACCAUCUAACAGUAGCCCAGUCACUGAAGAAGGAAUUUGACAACCCUGAAACUGCAGACCUGAAGUUCCUAGUGGAUGGAAAAUACAUCCAUGUUCAUAAAGUUCUUCUCAAAAUUAGGUGUGAACAUUUUCGUUCCAUACUGAAUAAUGAUGAUGAAAUUAUAGAAAUGAGUGAAUUUUCUUAUCCUGUUUACCGAGCCUUUCUGGAGUACCUGUAUACAGACAGCAUUAGGCUCCCCCCUGAAGAUGCCAUAGGACUGCUAGAUUUGGCAACACUGUAUAGAGAAAACAGAUUGAAAAAGCUUUGCCAGCAAACAAUCAAACAAGGCAUUUGUGAAGAGAACGCGAUCGCUCUUCUUUCUGCUGCUGUCAAAUAUGAAGCUCAGGACUUGGAAGAGUUUUGCUUCAGAUUUUGCAUAAACCACUUAACUGUUGUAACACAAACACAAGGCUUUGCUGAAAUGGACCACGAUCUCCUGAAAAACUUCAUUAGCAAAGCAAGCAGAGUGGGAGCAUUCCGAAAUUGAGAGCUGAAGAGCACAGCCUCGUUCCUCCUGGGAAUACUUCUCCUUUGGAGAGCUUUGAAGAGAGACUCAGCGUUCGUCAGCUUGGGAAAUGCCUUGAAGUCUGCUAACAUACUGGUCUGAAAAGAUGACUACAGCGUAGGUGUGUAGGGAGAGCCAGCAUUCAGAAUUUCAG